CAUAUGUGCGUGCGCACCGAACCGUUCUUUUACUCUUGACGCUGCGCUGUGCUGUGGUCCGUCGAGAGAAUCCGUUUGCAUCUUCGACGUGGUUUGGUCCGGGAGUGCUGAAAAUGACUGAGACUCUGCAACUACGUGGCACGCUUCGCGGCCACAAUGGAUGGGUCACGCAAAUCGCCACGAAUCCGAAAUAUCCGGACAUGAUCUUGUCCUCUUCACGUGAUAAGACGCUGAUUGUGUGGAAAUUGACGCGCGACGAAGCCAACUAUGGUAUCCCACAGAAGCGUCUGUACGGUCACUCGCACUUCAUAAGCGACGUGGUCCUCUCGUCCGAUGGUAACUAUGCAUUGUCCGGCUCGUGGGACAAGACCCUACGUCUCUGGGAUCUGGCUGCAGGUCGCACGACCAGAAGAUUCGAAGACCAUACCAAGGAUGUCCUGAGCGUCGCUUUCUCCGUGGACAAUCGUCAGAUCGUCUCCGGCUCGCGAGACAAGACCAUCAAGCUGUGGAAUACACUGGCCGAGUGCAAGUACACCAUACAAGACGACGGGCACACCGACUGGGUCAGCUGCGUGCGUUUCUCCCCCAACCACGCGAAUCCCAUCAUCGUCUCCGCGGGAUGGGAUCGCGUUGUGAAGGUCUGGAACUUGACGAACUGCAAGCUCAAGAUCAACCAUAGCGGUCACACAGGAUAUCUGAACACGGUUACGGUAUCGCCUGACGGCUCGCUCUGUGCAUCCGGUGGCAAGGACUGCAAAGCCAUGCUCUGGGACUUGAAUGACGGCAAGCAUCUGCACACCUUGGACCACAAUGACAUCAUCACAGCGCUGUGCUUCAGCCCAAAUCGUUAUUGGCUCUGCGCCGCCUUCGGGCCGUGGAUCAAAAUCUGGGACUUGGAGACCAAGGAAAUGGUGGAGGAAUUGAAGCCCGAGGUUGUGUCCGCGACCAGCAAGGCGGAGCCUCCUCAGUGCUUGUCGCUCGCGUGGUCCACCGACGGUCAGACCCUGUUCGCCGGCUACUCCGACAAUACCAUUCGCGUCUGGCAGGUUUCUGUAUCUAGCGUGUCCCGAUAAGUGCUUUGUAAUAAAAGUAUAAAAGUAUAAGACCGAUUCUCUUGGAAA